ACAUAAAGGGAUAAGAAUAUUUUUUUCUUUCUUUAUUUUCUUGUUUUCACUUCAAAAAUGGACCCUGAGACUUUUGCUAGUGGGAGCUUCUUCAAGUGGGAUCCAAGGGGAAUGAUGGCACCAACGCCGGCUCGUUUGAUGGAAGCAGUUGCCGCCGUACCUCAGCCGCAGACGGUGGCUGUGGCUGCUGCUGCUGCUUACAUGGGGAGGCCGAGGGAACUUGGGGGUAUUGAAGAGUUAUUUCAAGCUUAUGGAAUCAGGUACUAUACUGCGGCGAAGAUAGCUGAGUUAGGGUUCACUGUAAACACCCUUUUAGGCAUGAAAGAAGAAGAGUUAGACGAGAUGAUGAAUAGUGUAUCACAGAUAUUCAGGUGGGAACUCCUCGUCGGUGAAAGGUACGGUAUUAAAGCCGCCGUUAGAGCUGAAAGGAGACGGCUUGAAGAAGAGGAUUCACGGCGGCGCCACUUGGUUUUAGGUGACACCACCACCACUACCACCGCCGCCAACGCUCUCGAUGCUCUCUCACAAGAAGGGUUAUCAGAGGAGCCAGUGCAGCAAGAAAAAGAGGCGGCGGGGAGCGGCGGAGGGGGAACGUGGGAGAUGGUAAUAGGUGGAGGAAGGAGGAAGCAACAGCGGCGGAGGAAAGGGCAGAAAAAGGUGGUUGAAGUUGACAACGGGGAUGAAUUCGAGGGUGGUGAUGAUGAUGAUGAAAACGGUGAUGGUGGUGGCGGUGGUUACGAGCGGCAGCGGGAGCACCCUUUCAUCGUAACGGAGCCCGGCGAGGUAGCACGUGGCAAAAAGAACGGCCUUGAUUACCUCUUCCAUCUCUACGAGCAGUGUCGGGAUUUCUUGAUUCAAGUCCAAAACAUAGCUAAGGACCGUGGCGAAAAAUGCCCCACUAAGGUGACAAAUCAAGUAUUUAGGUACGCUAAGAAAGCGGGGGCAAGCUACAUCAACAAGCCUAAAAUGCGACACUACGUGCAUUGCUACGCCCUACAUUGUCUCGAUGAGGAAGCGUCGAAUGCGCUGCGGAGAGCUUUCAAGGAGCGAGGCGAGAACGUCGGGGCAUGGAGACAAGCCUGCUACAAACCACUAGUUUCGAUUGCGGCUCGCCAAGGUUGGGACAUCGAUGCCAUCUUCAACGCCCAUCCUCGUCUCGCUAUUUGGUACGUCCCGACUAAGCUUCGACAGCUUUGUCAUGCCGAACGUAAUGGUGCUGCUGUCGUUGCCGCUGCUUCGAGCUCGGUUUCUGGUGGACAUGAUCAUAUGGGGUUCUAAAAAGCUUUUGAUUUUAUAUUAAUCAGUUGAGGAUUUUAGAUUAUAUGUAUGGUUUAAGUUGGAACUGAAUUAGAAACUUUGAGAAUUAAUGUAGUUUAGUUUAGUUUAGCGUCUCUAGAUUUUAGGUUUAUCAGAUUGUAUAAUGUAUACUGUACAUUAUUUCGAACUGAACUUAAUUUAAGCAAGAAAUUGUCUGCCUUUGUUUUCAA